UUUUCUCUCUCUCUCUCUCUCUCUCUUUUUUUUUUUUUUUUCUCUUUUUAAACUUUCUCCUUUCUUUUCUCUUACUCAUUUUUUUACUCACUUGAAAUGAAAUUUACUUUGACUUCUGUUAGUCUUCUUGCUUUUACUGCUUCUAUCCAAUCUGUGGUUGGUCAAUCCGCCUGUCCUGAUCAAGCUGUUUUUGAUCUCUGUAAACAAAAUCAAGAUAAAUAUCUUGCUACUUGUGCUCCUACUAAUUACCAAUGUCUCUGUCAAUGGAAUAAGGCGAAAUUAUCUUGUUGGAGUUCUUGUCCUAAUGAUGUUGAAAGAGGAACACAAGAAAAUAUUGUUGCUGCUGAUUGUAGUGUACCUGGUGCCAAUGUCACUACUUCUUGGAGUAACACUGUUGUACCUACAUCUGCAUCUGCAUCUGCUACUUUAUCUCCUUCUGCCUCUGCUUCAACUUCAUCCAAAUCAAAUUCAGCAAAUAAUCAUCAAAUCAAAUUUGAAUGGAUGAUGGCUUCUACUGUCUUAGUUUUAUCUGCCUACUUUUUAGGUUAAAGAACAUGUUGUGCUACCUUUUCAUUGUUGAAUGUAUGUGCGCAUUCUUAUUUUUUUUUCUUUAUCUUUUAUCAUUUUUUUUUAUAAUUUUUUAAUAAUAAAUACUAUCUCUUUUACAUGAACUAUUUACUCUCUAUAUCUUUUACUAUUAUUAUUAUUAUUAUUAUAUAUUGUUAAUCAACUCAUAAAAUGUAUACCUAACAAAACCACUACAUAGUCGGUAUUUGAAAGAGAGCCAAUUUGGAAACGUGUAACCUUCAGGUG